ACAUCAAUUUUUAUUUCCAAAAACUUGUAAAAAAUCUUGACAGUAUUGUUUUAAUUUAGAAAUUACUGUAGAAAUUAUCUCUCUCCUUGUCCUCGAGUCCCUGGUAUGUGGGAGCUAACAACGGAAAUGAAACAGACCAUAACAGCACCGCCAAUCACUCAAAUCCUCUGUAAAUGUCACACAUAAUUGCCUCUUUCGUUUUUCUCCAUCAAUGAUGAUUCUCUUGCGGCUUCUCCCUCUCAACAAACUCCCCAACGGCGUCGUUUCGUUCCAGCGCUCAAUUUUUCGAAAUCUAAACCCUAAUGUCGCUUCAACAAUCAUCUCUCGUUAUUCUACAGCUUCUACUGGUACUAAGGUUUCAGCUAAGAUUAUGGACGGGAAAUCAGUUGCACAAGAUAUUCAAGAUAAGAUGACUGUUGAAGUAUCCAGAAUGAAGAAUAAAUUUGGUGUCGUUCCAGGGUUAGCUGUUAUACUUGUUGGUGAUAGGAAAGAUUCUGCAACAUAUGUAAACAAAAAGAAAGAAGCCUGUGAAUCUGUAGGAAUCAAUUCGUAUGAGGUGUGUUUGCCGCAGGACUGCAGCGAAGAAGAAUUACUUGAACAUAUUUCAAGCUUUAAUGAUGAUCACGCCGUUCAUGGAAUUCUUGUUCAGCUCCCACUGCCGUCUCAUAUAAAUCAGCGGUACAUCCUAAAUGCUGUUUGCAUCCAGAAGGAUGUUGAUGGAUUCCACCCUCUGAACAUUGGUCGUCUUGCAAUGAGUGGAAGAGAACCAUUAUUUGUUCCAUGCACCCCGAAAGGAUGUAUAGAGUUGUUGCAUAGAUACAAUGUUGAUAUUAAAGGAAAGCAUGCUGUUGUUAUCGGUAGGAGCAACAUCGUUGGAAUGCCUGCUGCUCUAUUGCUUCAAAGAGAAGAUGCUUCCGUUAGUGUAGUCCACUCCAGAACUAAGAAUCCCGAGGAGAUCACGAAACAAGCUGAUAUUAUAAUCUCGGCUGUGGGGAAACCAAACAUAGUCAGAGGUAGCUGGAUAAAGCCUGGAGCAGUUCUAAUUGAUGUUGGAAUAAAUCCGGUUGAGGAUUCUACAGACCCUCGAGGCUACAGAAUAGUGGGAGACAUCUGUUACGAGGAGGCUUGCAAGAUAGCUUCGGCUAUUACACCAGUCCCCGGAGGAGUAGGGCCAGUUACAAUUGCAAUGCUUCUUCUAAAUACUGUCACCUCUGCGAAGAGAAUCCAUAACUGCAACUGAAUUAUCCAAUUGUAGACUAUUAUCAUUAUUUUCUUCCUUUCUUUGUUUGGCUUCUGAGGUCAGACACCGGAAGCAGUUCACACGUCAAUAAUUUAAUAUGACAAUUUUUUUGGGUGAUGAUCUAUAUGGUCCAGCUAAAGCGAGCUGUGCCUGCCAAAAAAUAAGGUCCAUCAAGUAAUAUGCGAUUGCAUAAUUUUAUUUUUUUAGGUGUUUUGGUAUUUAACUAGAACCCCGGUGACCAAUAUACAAUAAGCUGGUGGCCAAUGUCAGAGCCAAUGCGCGUAUUUGGGUGAAUUACGUUUUAUUACAUGUUUUUGUGACA